AUGGCCCACCUGGGGCAGAACCCCGACCCCCGGCCCUUGCGGGGAAAGAGGGAGGGGUGCCAAGAGGUAGGGCCCAGGGCCGUGUUCCUGGGCGACCCAGGCCUUGUCCUAUGCCCGCCUCCCAAGAUGUCCAUCACCGCCUCGGGGCUCCGGGGGCGUUUUUUGGGAUCACAGAGCCCGGCGCUCUUGUCUUUUCUCGGCAGCGGUCCUUUCCUGUUUGCUACCCAGUCAUGCUGCGAGGAUCUCGGCCAGGGUUCAGGCCAGGCCAAGGCCCCUGCGGUGGCGAAGGGUCCAGUCUCCUGCCUCCGGCGGAACGUGCUCAGCGAGAGGGAGCGCAGGAAGCGGAUCUCCUUGAGCUGUGAGCGCCUGCGGGCCCUACUGCCCCAGUUCGACGGCCGGCUGGAGGACAUGGCCUCGGUCCUGGAGAUGUCGGUGCAGUUCCUCCAGCUCGCCAGCGCCCUGGUGCCUGGCUGGGAGAAGCAUUUGAUUCUUGCUUCUUCGAAGGAGACGUGGCACACGCGGCAGAAGGACGUGUUGCAGCUGGCCCUGGCGAGUCAGACCCCAGCAGGUGCCCCGGACCCCGGCGUGGGAACGUCCAGCGUGACCAUGCAGUGGGCCUCCCCGAGCUGUGCCGCUGCGGGUGUGGACGACGGUAAGGCCCCGGUGGGGGCGGCCGCAGUGCUGGGUGGGCUGUUGGCCCUGCCUGAGCCGCCCAGCCUGGUCCCCCGGUCUCCAGGCCUGAGUCCCUCCAAGGCGCUGAGGCCGCCCCCGCUGUGGUCUCCCCGCUCACGGCAGCCACCCUCGCCGCUGGUGAGCGAAGAGUCUCAGGGCUGCUUGGGCCAGGCUGGGCCCCCAGCUCAAGGGACUGACAAGGCCAUAACACUGGAUGCCAGGUCUGUGUCGGGAUGUGACGCCGAAGACGGGUCGUCCUUUCUGUUGACUGCGAGUCCCGACUGGUGGCUGGGGUCCCUGGAGGGCAGAGGCAGUAGUGUCCCUUCUCGGGUCCCCGCCAGGAGCAGCCCGCUGGACAGGGCAGAGCCCAGCUUCCUGGGCGACCACGAGCCCGACUCCCAGGAUCCCCCAGACGGGCCCCUGGAGCCAUGGAGCUCAGAUGUGAGCUGCCCCAGCUCGGCCCUGCGGGACGAGGUAGACAGCAUCUUCCCCGACUUUUUUGCUUACUGA